AUGGAUUACUGUGGGCCGUUUCUCGUUCGUCCGUUGGUUGGAAGGGGAGCAUCGGUGAUCGCGUUUUUCGUGUGUCUAGUGGUACAUCUAGAGGUCAUCGCAGACCUAACGUCGGUCGCGUGUAUUAACGCCGUGAAACGCUUCGUGGCACGCCGCGGCCAAGUGUUCGAAUUACGCUGCGACAAUGCGACUAAUUUCGUCGGGGCAGAUCGCGAAGGCUUGAAGGCUGCGCGUCAAGCCUUUCGCGAACAGUUUCGGAGCAAGCAAUGGGACGAAUAUUACACAACUAGCGGAAUCACGUUUCGCUUCAUACCAGCUCGGUCGCCCUACUUCGGUGGGCUAUGGGAGGUUGGAAUCAACUCCUUCAAGUACCACUUUCGCCGCAUCAUGGGCUGCAAGGAGUUCAACAUGAACCAACUGCUAACCAUCGUAACCCAAAUCGAAUCCGUUCUCAACUUCCGUCCCUUAGCUCCACUGUCCGACUCUCCAGACGACAUAUCCGCUCUGACCCCAGGUCAUUUCCUAAUCGGAGAACAACUCUUUUCCAUUCCAGAGCCAGACCUCUGCGACCUGGACACCAAACGCCUGUCGCGUUUGCAGGUUAUGAAACGAUCCGCGCAGGAUCUGUGGCGACGGUAG